AUAAAAAUAAACAUGUUUAUUUGGCGAUUCAAGUGAGAUAUCUUAGUGAAAAUAAAAUAACGGGCGUCAACUGAAUGUCAAGUGCCUAUGACUCAAUAAAACGGCUUUAACAAUGGGACAAGUGCUGUACUCUUUUACGGUGUUAUUUUUAUGCAUAAACCUCUGUUUGGCUGACAGGGGAGACUAUAUUGGCUGCUACAAGUUUAGGGUUGAGAAUCUGUUGAAUACACACACAGGGCAGUCGGUAGACGUGUGCUUAUCGGCGUGUGAGCAGGUUUACUAUAAAUACGCUGUAAUAGGCAACCAAUCCACUUGUUUCUGUGGCAAUACGCCUGGAAUAUUCAAACUUCCCACAGAAUCUUGCCAAACUCCGUGCCCAAAAAAUGAAACUCAGAAAUGCGGCGGCGACAGCGCGGCGAGCGUUUAUGAUACGGACGUGACCGCGCCUGGCGAGCCAACUUCUUUAGAGAUCGUUAAUGUAACGGAGACCACAGUCAGAGUCCGCUGGACACCACCGGAAGCAUAUUCUAUCAUUACUGGGUAUGUCUUAAGAGCUAAAGUUGAAGAAACUUUUGCAGAUUUCGUGUUAAAACCAAUAGAGUGGAGAGUAUCAAAUGACACACUUCAAUAUGAGCUUCUAAACCUCCACCCAGGCUCUACAUACUCAAUAAGUUUGGCCGCAGUUAAUGAUAUUGAAGAAGGCCCAAAUAGAACAGCUCAUUCUGAAACUAUUAUUGGCACACCAGAUCCCAGUCCUCCAGACAUACAGACCAAAGAACGCCGCGGUGAUCGGAUGCUCGUUCAUAUACCAGAAGCUAAGAAUGUAAAUGGCCCAGUGUCUAUGUACCGUAUUGUAGUCUCCAUAGAGUUGUAUCAACAAGGAUUUAUCACAGAAACCCUAGGAAAUUACACUUAUGCAGAAGAGCAAGGUCUUCCAUACUACAUAACAGCUGAAUUAGACCCUGAAGACAUAAAAUCGGACUUUAUUAUAGGGGAUAGAAGUACUUAUAAUGGCUUUUACAAUGCACCUUUGCCAUUGACUAAUGAUAUUGAUGUAUCUCUAGGAAUAGUAAGCGAAAAGGGUCAUUUUAAGAAGAUCAGAUAUGCAGAGUCAACUAAGAAAAUAAUUUUAAACAUAAAUGAGCCAGAGGAAAUAUCUCCCAUGGUGGUUGCUUUAGGUGCAGCUAUAGCUAUUGGUGUUGUACUUUUGCUCAUUGGCAUUGGGCUACUUAUAAUAUUAAAAAAGAAAAUACACAUGGCACGGUUGCAAAGAGGUUCACAGUCUCUCCCACUUAGUCUAAGUGAACCGUGUAUUGAAAUUGAAAACUCCGGUUUUCUACAAGAUCAGGAAGAAAGAAUCGAUUACUAUGGAAACUUGAAACGCAAACUCUGGAACAUACCACGGAAUCUUCUAGAAAUUGACAUAUCUUGCGUUGUUGGCUUAGGGAGUUACGGCAAGUUUACUAAAGGCAAAGUCCAACAGCAUGGUGCACAGACCCCUGGAUUAGUGCAGGUAAUAUCAGACAGGGAGUUAGAAAGGCCUGACAAGAAACUUAUGUUACAGGAAUUAGAUUUAUUAAUAAAAUCAAGUGAACAUGAAAACAUAGUCUCUCUUCUAGGAAUCUGUGAAACAAACACUACACUAUUUGUGGUUCUACAAGAUAGUAAACAGUCUCUUAAAGAGAUGUUACUGCAGAGUAGACUUAGAGACUUGCAAAAUAAUAAAUUCUGCCUUAUCACUGAAAACAAAGUUCUGCAAAUCUGUGUAGACAUUGCACGCGGUAUGGAGUACUUGCAUAGUAAGAAAAUAAUACAUAAACGUCUUGCCUGUCGCAAUAUUGUAUUUAGCGACUCGGGAGUCGCGAAAGUAUCAGGAUAUGGACUUUCUCAUAUAAGACCAUUACACGAGGCUCCGGAUUAUACGAGAUGGACAUCACAAGAAAUGCUCAGACAGAGCAGGUUUAAUCCGAAAGCUGAUGUAUGGUCGUACGGUUGUCUUGUAUGGGAAGCUUUAACAAUAGGUGCCACACCAUACUAUCAUUCAUCGAAUAAAGAGGUUGCAGCUAGAAUUCUGAGAGGAAUGAGACCAUCACAACCUUCUUAUGUUGGUGACGAACUUUUCCAACUGUGUUUACAAUGUUGGCAAGUGGAUCCUGAUGAGAGACCGUCUUUUACGUCUCUUCUUCAUGAAUUACGGCCGUUUGCCGAAGGUCCAGGCACUAGAAGUUUGAGCUUCACUCAUUACAAUGGCUUCGACUUUGAACCCCACAUACCACAAUAUGAAAUUAUUUCAUAGUUAUCUAUGGUCUAAACUAUUACAUACAAUUGGGACUUUCUUGUUGUAGAAGUGCAUUUUGCAGCUAUAUUAGUAAUAUUUUGUAAGUAAUUAAUUAGACAGAAUGCUUAGUGAUGUAGUUCAUAAGUUCCAAAGACAUUAAUCUUGUGGCUUUGCCAUUUUCUAACCACCUUGAUACAAAUUUUGCAUAUAAUUGGCAACUUUUGUUACCUUUGUGUAAAGUACAGAGAAUGUUUGAUCUGAUCAGUGAAGUCUUAGUAUUGUAUCAAAUGUAACUCUUGCCAUCGUGGUAAAAGGAUUCUCGCCGAUUAUUGCCCAUUCAGGAAAGGAAUGGUAUGUUGUGUGGGGAGGCUUCUUUCGUGCACUCCAGUGAAAUAGUCGUAUUGCGCCAUUAAAUGUAUUAUUCUUGUCUUUGAAGUCAACAAUAUUUAUAUAGAUUUUACUAAACAUUAGCAUAAAUUUUCUAAAUAUGUAUAAUGAGUGUUUAAGUAAGUAUAUUAUAAUCUUGUUAUGCAACUUUGAUCUCGUGUUGUGAGAAUCUCAAGUUACACAGAAAACCAGUGUAAAUUUAAGCAACAGCGUAGUGCUAAGAUUUCUAUUAUAAUGCUUAAUCUACAUGACUACCGAAUUUAAAAGUUGUUUAUUGCCAUGAGAACUUUUUUGUAGAUUUUUUUAAGGAAUGAUUGUACAAUGUCAUUGUUGACCAUGAGUUUUUUGAGCACGUAAUCUCGCACAACUAAUGUCGCAUUAUGAAUAAGAAUAAAAACAGCAGUACAUAGUUGGAUGAAAUAAUGUACAUAAUUAUAUUCAAAGUUUAUUUGAAACUGUGACUAUAGUGCUGGCACAAGCUAGCUUUCUGCUUCGGGCUACCCGGCACUAGUCAGCGCUGCUCCAGCGAGUGUAUUACACAAAAUAUGUGUAAAUGGGACAUCCAGAUUAGUGUUCUUUCCGUAAUUUCCGUGGCAAUUUUUAUUAUUUAAGUAUGUUAAGUAGUAGAACUGGUCGGAGGUUUGAAAAAAUGUUUUAAGCCGUUUUUUUAGUAAAUUAUGCCAUCACAUCGGGGUCCUACUGAUGUAUGCAGAUUCUAUAUGCCUCCGCUCGCUGCACUCUUCACAUGUGCCCAUCGCUUCGUCCGUGUUUUCAUACAAUGGCCGUUUUUAUAAGUUAUGACGUAACCUUUUUUGAGGAUAUCUUCGUGAGACAUGUACGCCAAGAUCAAGUUUUCCUCCACGUCUGUGUAAGUAUAAGUAAGUUUGUGAUUGUAUUCUACUAACCAUCUUUUCCAUAUAACCAAACGCAACAUUCCAAAACGCUCUCUUUUUACAAAGUCUCACAAACUAUUUUUUAAGACUUAAAUGUUUGUUAUAUUAAUAAAUCGGCACAUGACGUCAGUUAUACUGCCGUAACUCAAAACUGUGGAAUUUAGAAAACACGAUUUGUAAGUUCAAAAGCUUACUAAAUGAAACCAGUCAAUAUCUAUAUGUUAAAUAUUAUGUAUAAAUAAAAAUAAUCACAUUAUUAUUUUAAUUUUUAAAUCGUGUUUUCUCAGUUCCACAAUUUGAGUUAUUACAGUAUUUAUUUUCAAGUGAGAAAUAUACCUAUUAUCUAUUAGCGAUCACCUCCGUGCCAGUGGCCCAACGGUUUACCCUGUAGAUACUGGACAUUGGAGGCUACGGGGUUCGAAUCCCAGAGAGGACCAAUUUGGAAAUUUUUCUAAAUUGGUGCUGGGUAGUAACUUCGAGUGAACUCCGUUUCUCUAGUACAGGCAAUCUCUUGGUUUGAGACCAAGAAACUCGUGUAUUUGUUUGGCACAUUAUUAUACAUAAAUAAGCGUAACACUGAUGCUGAUUGUACAAAUUUUAUUGUCGAAUGAAA